AUGUCUCCCUCGCCACAGAAUUCCAACAACGACGAAGAAGGUAGAAAUGCGGCUUCAAAGACUCCGUAUCUUUAUCUUACUGACUCUUACGCGCCUCCAGAAACAAAGCUCCAUCCAAGAGCAUCGAGUGCCUCCACGCAAGGUCUCAAAAAGGAUAAGAGGAAAGCAACUUCACGACAGAGGAUCUUAGACGGGGCGACUAUGCAUACCCGCUCCAUGAGCAUCAAGGGUGACGAUAAUGGGGCGACUAUGCGUACUCGCUCCAAGAGCAUCAAGGAUAAUCCAACAUCUCGUGCCGAUCACAACCGUUCAGUGUCACGAGGUCGUACCGCUACACGGAGACGCUCAGUCGGACUGAACUCUGCGUCUACUGCGCAUGGCCCCGGCAAAGGCGAGAUGUCAGACCCCUCCGUCGCUUCCAUUCUACGACCGAGACCGUUACCGAAGCAAGCCGCCGAGCGAGAUACUCUCCACAUGCCUCCUUCGAGCGAUCUUGGGAAGAAACGUGGCGGUGUUGGCUCCCCGAGCGGCCCAGGGAUCUCUGGCAAUAUAAACUGGAGCCACAGGAAUCGACUCGGACAUCUCAGAGGAUCGGGAGGACCGCCGACCUUCGGCAACGACUACAAUAGCAAGACGACCGGCACGCAAGGCCUCUCCUCGAUCUUCGGUCUGAUUGCCGUUGCUGUAACUUUAGCCUACAUGACAGGCUGCGAGUCGCCGUCGGUUGGGAUCCAGAAGUCUUGGGACCUGGUUUUGCAGGCCGGGGCUGGAGUCACGUCGGCAUAUAUCUGGGCACUAUGCGCGACGCAGCAGCUCUACCAGCGCUUGCCUCCCGUUCGUGCCGCUCCACGCUACUCAUCAGGAGAACGAUUGAGCGUCGCACUUGGCCAGACAUACACUGAUCUGUCACAAGCCCUUGCCGCGAGCGACUCGCUCUACCAAGCACCUGCGCUGAUCAGCCAAAGACGGAGUGAGGCACUGAGGUUUCGGCUUCCCGAAGGAUCCCUCACUCGGAAACCUUUGCAGCUUUUCCUCCGGCAGACUGUACACAUAGACGAGGACCUGCUCCGUCUGAUACUCUAUCUCGGCCAAAUCUCGACUCUCACCCUUCGGCAGCAGCAGGAGACCACGGACACACUGCGCUUCAUCCAACGUGUCGAGUACUUUGGGACAUUUCAGAUGCUCCGGGUUCGCGUUGUAGGCGUUUCAACCCAAGAGUCUCAGCUGAAGACCCGUUUGGAAGAGCACUUCCGUUACUUGAACGAAUCGAUUCGGGUGGCCCAAAAAGCGGCUCACCAGGUGUUGCAGCAGUACGUGACCCUCGCCUCUACGACCGAAGCGAUCCGUCAAAGCUCCCUUGGGGAUGAGCAACGCUUCCUAUUCAUCAAAUCGGAGGCGGCAUCGCAGUUGGGCUGGGUCAAGAAGACAUCGGUCCAACUGUUCGGAUUAGCGGAGCCGGAGGAUCUGGUAGAGAUCAGCCAGAACGUGGAGCUCGCCCGUGGCAUCCAUAACUGGACGCAGAAUGUGGUGGACUCCCUGCAGCGCGUGACGUUACAUCUCAGUUACGCAAAGGCCAAUAUAGGAUUACUUGUGGAAGAUCAUCAGCCACAAUAG